CAAGUUUUUGAUAUGAGGAAGUCGCAGACUUUCACAGAGUCACAAAGAGAUCAAAGACUGUGUGUUAAGAACGGCUUAACAGACCAGGCAUUAAAGAAAUGUGUUUGUGAACAAUUUUCUACAACUGCUGAACAAGUGCAGAUAGUUCAUUUUGAUAUGAAAACAGAGGGAUCAGCAUUGAAAACUACUGUUGUCAUUUUGCCGAAAAUUGUACAAAACAUGCCCUUCAACAAACUCCUGAUUGAGACAUACACAAACGAACAUAGGUUAUCAAGAAUCAUAUGUGGUUUGUGGAAGGCUGACAUUAAAGUAGAUGAGUUUAAACAAAUGCUGAUGGAAUUUCUAGGUUGGAAGUCUAUAGCAUUGUGUAAAGACGGUAGAAUUAUUUAUAAUGGAGUUGAAGAUCAACUGAGGGAAAAUCAAGACCUGACAAGAGUUCAGGCCUUUCAGUUUGGUCAUAUGAAGGUAACAUUAGUCUACAGCAUAAAUGCUGACAUUGAAUAUCGAUUCAUAUGUACUUUAAAUGGCGCCAAAUCUGUGUUGGAAGCAAAAGAGGGAAUCCUUACAAAAUUUUCAAGAGAAUUUGAAGCCAUAGACGAAACAAAAGGCCAAAUUCUACACCUUUGUAUCAGAGACCAAAUUAUUCAAGAUGACAUUUGUUUGGGUGUGGCUAUGCAAAGCAUAACUCGUAGUGACGACACUCCUAUCAGUCUUCACUUUGCUUCCCAGGAUGCAAUCACCGUUACUAUAGUCAGUAAUGAAUUGAAAAUGAGACAAACGUUGCUUAUUGUUCCUCGGCGUUGUUCUACUGCUUAUCUGCGUGAAAGGAUAGGAAAGCUAGCGGCAUGUGAUGCAAAUUCCAUUAAACUUGUUUUCAACGAAAAACUUAUCGAUGAGUUAGAUGAUCUUUCGCAAACCUAUGGUAACAAUUGGAAAAGUGGAUGCACUCUGAAUGUUGGUUUGAAGAAACAAAAAACUUUAAAAAUCAAGAAUCCAAUUAACAAUGAAGAAAAGGCUUUUAAAAUGUAUAUGCUUGAGCCAGUUCAAAAGUUGGUGGAACGCAUAAGCGCAUAUUGGAAUUUAGAUGUGCUGACAAUGUGCCUUUUUUGUCGUGAUGUUCCGAUGAAAUGUAACAGUUUGCUUCAGCACUAUGCAAUAAAAAACAACAUGCAGCUAGAGUUGAAGUUGUUCCCAAACAGAAUAGCAAUUCAAGUGAGAAUAGUAUUCAAGAAGAGGACAUUGAACUUGGCUGUAGCAGACAGCACAGUUACCGCAGUAGAAGACUUGUUGACAUACUGUGCCGUUAAGAUGCAGUAUCCCAGGAAAUGUUCAAGAGCCAUUCUUCGGAAUAAAUGCUUGAAACCAGAAGCAUCUCUGAAGGAUGAAGGUUUCUCCACAAAUGAAAAGGUGUCUAUAGUGUUCUUUGAUGAACCACUGAGUGGUAACAGUGAACUCAUACCAGUGUUUGAAGCAGACAUUGAUGGGCACACAACCCCACGGUAUGGGAAAGUGGUUGAAGGACUAUUACUUUUAGCAGUGAUGGAAAUCAGCUCCAGCAUCUCCAGAAUCCCAGCGUCUCCCGCCACCGGUGAGAGGUAGCGAUAGGGACCAUCUCCCUAUUGGCAUUGACCUGUAUGGAGAGGCGUUAGAUUCUAACAGAUCCAAGAUCGUACCUCAACGAGAAGCAUGUGCGACGAAA